AUGACAGUUUCCUUCUCCGUGCCCGACCUCUUGGUCUCGCUGCGCGGGAUCUUUGGUAUUACAAUUUGUUUGGUAUUGAUGCCGGUCUUCUCCUUCCUAGCCGUCAAGUACUUUGAUUUGCACGGCAAAUAUAGAGACCAUCGCCUGAGCCAGGGAACUGGAUUACUUUCCAUUGUCGGCUUUGCUUCUAUGGGCCUGGCACCGGGCCCCGUCCUAUUGAUAUGCGGGCUUCUCGUUCUGUCGCUUGGUUCGGCCUUUCUGAUCACCACCCGCAGUUUAGUUACUUCUUUAGUAGUGCCCAGUCAUGUCGGCAAGUUGUAUUCAGCUAUUGCAAUCUCCCAAGGUGUUGGUACAUUUAUUGCCAGCCCAUUGUUUGCCUACCUCUUCAAGCUUGGAAUGCACCUGGGUGAUGCUUGGAUGGGCCCCCCAUUCUUGCAGGCGGCUUUGUUUUAUGUGGUCGCCACUGUCGCUAUCUGGCGCAUUCGGAUAUAUCGGUUAUCGCCACCGCAAGAUGAAGAACAGGAGCAGGAGCAAACAUCCUUAUGCUCCGGGUAA